AUGCCUGUUGAGCUGCGCAAGCGCAAGGCCCCCGUGGCGCCGCCCGCGCCCGCGCCCAGCAAGAAGAAGGUGGCCACCAAGGCCAGAAAGCCCGCUGGAAAGGCCAAGGACGAGGUCAAGAAGCCCAGUGCAAAGGCCGACAAGCCUUCCAAGGACGACGAGGCUACCGAGUCUGCGCCGGAAGCCCCUGAGGAGAAAGAAACGGUGAAGGACACCAAGGAGAGCGCCAAGGACGACGCCAAAGAAGAGUCCAAGGACGACAAGAAGGACGACAAGAAGAAGCCGGCUGCUGCUGCGGGCAAGAUCGCGGUUGGCGAUGUCAUUGACCUCGAGGGAUUUGGCGGCGAGAUCCAGACCAAUGAUGGCGAGACGACUUCUCUCAAGAAGCUUCUCGACGACAGCAAGAGCGGCGUCGUCCUCUUUACCUACCCCAAGGCUUCCACACCCGGAUGCACCAACCAAGUGUGCCUCUUCCGCGACUCCUAUGAGCCUCUGACUGCUGAUGGCCUCGCCAUCUACGGUCUCAGCACUGAUUCCACCAAGGCAAACACCUCGUUCAAGGAGAAGCAGAAGCUGCCCUACCCCCUUCUUUGCGAUCCCCAGGCCACCCUCAUUGACGCCAUUGGCCUCAAGAAGCAGCCUAAGGGAACUCAGCGCGGAGUCUUUGUUGUCAACAAGGAGGGCAAGGUGCUUGUUGCCGAGGCUGGCGGCCCUGCUGCCACCGCGGACAGAGUCAAGGCUCUGGUCAAGGAGUUGAAGGGAGAGAACUAG